AUGCGGCUGGGGAAAACAGAGCAAGAGAAGUGGUUUGAAUCAGGAAAAGGGUUUUUCUCAACGACACUACUUACCCGUGUGGCCCGGGGAUUCACGGCCGUCGUGCAGCCGGUUGAUAAAUGGUCGCGGUUACCCCCUUCAGUCCAAUUAAAUGCCCUUCCCCGAGCUAUGCGGAAGGGAUGGACUUCCGCAGAAAACGAGGAACCCCGCAUUAAUUAA